GCCGGAACUGAAAUCGUACAUGCUCAGCCUCAUGCGAAUGCUACGACUUAUCUUCUCCUAUUCAACACAUUAUCGAUCUCCCACAAACAUGACUAUCCUGUUCAUGAAGAUCACCAAGCAGUUGAUCAAACGCUGUAUGGAAUAUCUUACAGAAAACGGUAUGGUCUCUAUUUGGAAUCAGCCCACUGAUGUAAUGCUCACCAAGUUGAACUACUGUGUAUCCUUGAACGAAUCCUACCAAGCAGCAUAUGAUAAGAUAAGCCAAGAGGAUGAUCCCAAGGGAAAGUAUACGAAAAUGGAAUUUUCUCGGAUCCAGAUAUUCGGAGACUUCGAUUCGUUUAUUACACGGGUGAAAGCUUUGACAUUCAUCAUGGAGAACCUACAGAAGUACACGGCCAUUGAGCAUUUGGGCGUCGAAGGUAAGAUGGCAUUUGGGUAA